AUGCGAAUGAGGAGUGCUCCUAGCGGCAAGCAACGGAAGGCAAGCAAGGCGGUGUUGGGGAGUGAUGUUGUGUCGGUGCCAGUAGUGGGAAGUAAUGACGUGGCAGCAGAGGGAAAUGGUGACGUGGCAGCAGAGGGAAAUGGUGACGUGGCAGCAGAGGGAAAUGGUGACGUGGCAGCAGUGGGAGAUGAUGACAUCAUCAUUGUGUUGCUCGUGCACAACCGGCCGGCAUAUCUCAACCACACUCUGGAUGCUUUAAGCAAAGUGGACGGCAUACAGCACGUCCUGCUUAUAGUCAGUCAUGACGGCUUCUACCCACCCAUGCAUGCCCUCGUCCGCUCAAUCUCCUUCUGCCGAGUCAAGCAGCUUUACUUCCCCUUCUCGCCGCACCUCUUCAACGGAACCUUCCCAGCAGCUGCCGCGGACGACUGCCGCGGCAAGUCAAGGCGGCCGUGGGAGACGAAAGCAGGAGGAGCUGAGCGGUGGGAGCAGGGGGGGCAGACCAAAGCAUUCAACGGCCACACGCUGUUUAUAGAGGAGGACCACUGGCUCUUCCCCAACGCACUUAGCCAACGCACUCCCCAUUUCCCUGCCUCCCAACAACUCCCUGCUCCUCCUCCUGCCCCCCCUCUUCUCACUCCCUCUCCCUCCCUCUCUCCCUCUCUCUCCCCCACUCUCCUCCUACCUCGCUGUCCCCACACCCCUUCGCCGCACCACUGGUGGUGGGUGCAGAACACGGUGUGGGACGGGCUGCCAGAGACCAGGGCAUUCAACGGCCACAUGCUCUUUAUAGUGGAGGACCACUGGCUCUUCCCCAACGCACUUAGCCACCUGCCUGCAUCCCAGCACCUCACAUUUCCUCCCUUUCUCCCUUUCCCCUCUCCCUCCCUCUCCCUCACCUCCCUCAAUCCCUCUCCUGCCUUCCUCUCCUCCCACCUCUGUCCCGCGCAGCACCACUGGUGGUGGGUGCAGAACACGGUGUGGGACGGGCUGCCAGAGACCAAGGCAUUCAACGGCCACAUGCUGUUUAUAGAGGAGGACCACUGGCUCUUCCCCAACGCACUUAGCCACCUGCGCGCUUUGCUAAGCGCCAAGCGCCGCGGGCGCUGCAACGAGUGCAUUGCUGUGAGCCUCGCCCCUGCUGAUGUGGGGGUGGUGGAGGAUGAGGAGGAGGGAGCGGUGGAGAGGAGGGGAAUGAAGGCUGCAGGGCAUGCAGAGCGGGAGGUGGAGGAUUGGCAGAGGGGCGAGGUUGGAGCGAGGGGAUUGAGGCGUUCAAUCAGAAGAUCCGAGGGGAGUGUGGUGGAGAAGAGGGGGGUUUUGAGGCGGAAAGGGCAUUUCACGGCGGAGAGGCUGGGCAACGUGGGGUACAGCUUCAACCGGAGUGUGUGGGAGUUGAUGCAUGGGCUGGCAGAGGAGUUUUGCUUCAUGGAUGAUUACAACUGGGACAGGUCCAUGUGGGAGCUAAUCUCCCACCACAUGCCAUCUGCUCGCAUGCUGAGGUGGCACCGUGCCAGUGCAUGGCACUUUGGCGAGUAUGGAUUACAUGGGGAUGGGGGGUCCGUUGAAGAGUUUAGACUAGCAGAGCAAGAUAAGAAGGAUUCAAUUGAUAAAAAUGCGCAUCUGGUCAUUUUACCAGUGUACUCAACGCCGAGCCGUUUCGACUCACUAUGCUGGUUGCGAGCUCGCUUAAAGAUUCCUUGUCAGCAGACCUUAGAUCUUCUCCUAGGUUCAGUCAGUGUUACCGCCAUGGAUCCUUCAACUCCAGUGCAAGAUGGGGUUCUCACGGCAGGCGGAGGGGGAUCCGGAGGGGCUGCAGCAGCCGGGGGAAUGCCUCUAAUCUCGCCGUCGGACGUUCACGUUUUAGUGGUGGACGACGAAAGGCUCUCGCGACUCGUCGUCGGAAAUCAAUUCCGAAGAUGUGGUUAUCAAGUCACGGUGGCGGAUGGAGGGAUGGAGGCCCUCCGGGUGCUGCAGGAGAGGCCAGACGGAUUCAAUCUCAUCCUUGUUGACCUCAUGAUGCCGGGGCUGGACGGGCUGCAGCUGCUGCGAAUCCUCCGCGCCGACUCCAAUUACAACGCCAUUCCCAUCAUCAUGAUGUCAGGCAACUCCAACCAGGCGACGGUGCUGCAGUGCAUAGCGGCGGGCGCGGAGGAGUAUCUGGUGAAGCCGGUGACCAAGCGUGACGUCACGCACAUGUGGCAGCACGUGUGGCGCCGCAUCCAGCUCGUCUCCAACGCGCCUGAGAGCCUGCAGCUCCCUUCCUCCCUCACAUUCCCUCCUCUUUCCCGCUCGCCGCUGGCGGCGCAUUCAGUCGCAGGCGCGUCCCCCUGUCCCGAUGGCUUCUUCAAUCCCAGCGCGGGCACCAAGCCGCUUCUCCCCCCCGCAGAAUAG